GCGGCGGGUGAGGCCAUGGCGCUGGCGCUGGGCGAGAGCGGGCUGGCGGUGGGGGGCGGCGGCACCAGCGGGCCCGGGGGCAGCCGGCUGCGCCGGCAGCUGGAGUUGGGGAGCUUUGCGGCGGGCGAGUACGUGAAGCAACUGUCGCAGCAGUCGGACGGCGACCGGGACCUGCAAGAGCACCGGCAGCGCAUCCAGGCGCUGAGCGAGGAGACGGCGCAAAGCCUGAAGCGCAACGUCUACCAGAACUACCGGCAGUUCAUCGAGACAGCGCGCGAGAUCAGCUACCUGGAGAGCGAGAUGUACCAGCUCAGCCACAUCCUCACGGAGCAGAAGGGCAUCAUGGAGGCCGUCACCCAGGCCCUGCUGCUGCAGGCUGACCGUGAUGACCCCGCGCUGGGCGUCCGCCGUGCCGCCACCGACUCUCACGGCAACAACCCCUUCCUGCCCCUGUCAGCCAAGGAGGUGGCAGUCAGCGAGGAGGGCCGGCAACGCACGCUCACCACCCUGCUGGAGAAGGUGGAGGGCUGCCGGGACCUGCUGCCUGAGAGCCCUGGCAAGUACCUGGUAUACAAUGGGGACCUGGUGGAGUACGAUGCUGACCACAUGGCGCAGGUGCAGCGGGUGCACGCCUUCCUCAUGAAUGACUGCCUGCUGGUGGCCACCUGGCUGCCCAACCGGCGUGGCGCCUACCUCUACGAUGCCCUCUACCCGCUGGACGGGCUGGCCGUGGUCAAUGUCAAGGACAACCCGCCCAUGAAGGACAUGUUCAAGCUGCUCAUGUUCCCCGAGAGCCGCAUCUUCCAGGCCGAGAACGCCAAGAUCAAGAAGGAGUGGCUGGAGGUGCUGGAGGAGACCAAGCGGAGCCGUGCCCUGAGUGAGAAGCUGCGGCUGGAGCAGGAGGCUCUGCCGCGGGCAGCCCCGCCCUCUCCAGAGUCAUCCAACCCCUUCGAGAAGGAUGAGGAUGAAGUGGAGCCUCCACCCGAGCAGGAGAAAGUGGAUCUGUCCCUGGAGUGGAUCCAGGAGCUUCCUGAGGACCUGGAUGUCUGCAUUGCCCAGAGGGAUUUUGAGGGUGCAGUGGACCUGCUCGAUAAGCUGAACGAGUAUUUGGCAGACAAGCCCGUCAGCCAGCCGGUGAGGGAGCUCCGGACAAAAGUGGAUGAGAGAGUUAGGCAGCUCACAGAUGUGCUGGUGUUUGAGCUCUCUCCAGAUCGCUCGCUGCGUGGUGGGCCAAGGGCUACUCGCCGGGCUGUGUCUCAGCUCAUUCGCUUGGGUCAGUCGACCAAGGCUUGCGAGCUGUUCUUGAAGAACCGGGCGGCCGCUGUGCACACGGCCAUCCGUCAGCUGCGCAUUGAAGGUGCUACUCUGCUGUACAUCCACAAGCUGUGCCAUGUGUUUUUCACCAGCUUGCUGGAGACUGCCAGGGAGUUUGAGACGGACUUUGCUGGUAACAGUGGCUGCUACUCUGCCUUUGUUGUGUGGGCACGCUCUGCCAUGAAGAUGUUUGUAGACGCCUUCAGCAAGCAGGUGUUUGACAGCAAAGAGAGCUUGUCAACUGCUGCUGAAUGUGUGAAGGUAGCUAAGGAGCACUGUAAGCAGCUUAGUGAGAUUGGACUGGACCUUACCUUCAUCAUUCACACCCUGCUGGUGAAAGACAUCAAAGGUGCUUUGCAAAGCUACAAGGAUAUCAUCAUUGAGGCCACCAAGCAUCGCAACUCUGAAGAGAUGUGGAGAAAGAUGAACCUGAUGACUCCUGAGGCUCUGGGGAAACUCAGAGAGGAAAUGAGAAGUUGUGGUGUCUGUAGUUUUGACCAGUACACAGGUGAUGACUGCUGGGUCAAUCUUAGCUACACUGUGGUUGCUUUUACCAAGCAGACUAUGGCCUUCUUGGAGGAAGCACUAAAGCUUUACUUCCCAGAAUUGCACAUGGUUCUCCUGGAAAGUCUUGUGGAAAUCAUCCUUGUAGCUGUUCAGCAUGUUGAUUACAGUUUGCGGUGUGAACAGGACCCUGAGAAGAAAGCAUUCAUCAGGCAGAAUGCAUCCUUCCUGUAUGAAACUGUUCUUCCUGUCAUAGAGAAAAGGUUUGAGGAAGGGGUCGGAAAGCCAGCCAAGCAGCUACAGGAUCUGAGGAAUGCUUCAAGACUUAUGCGUGUAAAUCCUGAAAGUACAACCUCUGUGGUGUGAAAUGAAAUGCUGUUCCCUUCAAAGGGUCUACUAUGCACUUCGAGAUAAUGUUAUCUAUGGACAUACCUUUAAAAUUUUUCCAAGUCUUUCAAAGCCACAGAACUCCAACUGCAAACUUUCUGAUGCUUAAGGCAUAUGAGCAAACUUUGAAAGCAAGUAAAGGGGAAAAAGUUUCUUAGAGAAAAAGAGGAGCAUUGGGUUAGCCUUGCUUAGGAUAUCUCUCUCCCUGCUUAACGGUGCCUAUUGUGGUGUGUUAAACUGAAAAGAAAUCAUGAUGAUAGUACAUCAUUCUUCUCUGGGCCAAAUAAACUAUUGGUGAAGUAUGAUAAAUAAGUAAAAAUGUAUACCUUAUGCAGAAAUGAAAUAUAAUCUGUAGUCACAUGUCAAAUAACAUGAUUUAAAAACACUGCAGUGUUUCCAAAUGAGUGUAAUUGCUUGGUUUACUGUAUGGGUGUGGUACUUGGUGAAGCUCAUCUCCCUUCCAAACAUGACUCAGCUCCAUGGAAUAGCAAAUGCAUUUGUACAACUGGCAUUAUGAUAUAACGAGGCAGGCAGUUUCAGUUAUCAGAAACACAGGAAGCACUUCCACAAUUAAAAAUCUUACUUGAGAGAACAUUCAUUUAUGCAAGUUUUAAAGGAAUAUUCUUAACUUAAAUCACAUCACUUUGAAUAUACUCUACCUACUGCUAGAAAAACUGCAUGUAAGAUCCUGAAAGAAAUUGCAACUUAUUCAUUCAUUUUUCCAAUUUAAUUCAGUGGGAGUUAGAGUAGGUUCAAUAUGUAAACCGCACAGUUUAGUUUUAGGUUUGGGAAUUGUUCACUGAAAUUCCAUUGUCUGCCUGUAGAAAUCUCAACAAAGAGCCCUUGUUUCAGAACAAAUGAGAUAGCAUUAUGCAAGAGGAAGGGGAAAGUAUUACUUUACAUUUGGGAAACUUCUAUCUUCACUGUACAAGUAACACUUUUUUAAUAAAAUAAAUGAAGCUUUUCUUAAAUAUAAACGCAAGUGCACAUAUUAAAGUUACUGCAAAUUUGUUAAUAUUGCUUCCUGUAUUACAGUAAUUGGCUAGUCCAGUUCUAUUUUUUUAAACAAAACUACGUUAUACCUGACUGCUUCUGAGAAUUGGAAGUUCUUUACAUUACAGCCACUAUGGCACCACAGACUUCCCCAGAAUAUCCUGUCAAAUGUGUUUUAGCAGUAACCAGGUUUUAGCAGGACCAUAUUUAGAGAUGAGAAUUUUUAAAAUUAAUAUACUUGGUUUCAUUGUGUAGCCAGCCAAGGUGCCACUUUCACAGGAUACAUACAUGUAUGCACGUGCGUGCACACACUUUCACAUAUACACUCAUGCACCUGUUCACUUAGAUUUUGAGCAGUGAACCAUCAUUUCAUUCCAUAGUAAUUUCUGAAAGGAGAUCACAACUUAUUCUUGACUCAGCCCAUUUACCUGUCUUUAACCAAUCUUGUAACCGUAGGUCAUUUUAGUCAUGAAAAAGUGAUGUUAAAGAACUGUAUGUCAAAUCUCUGUAGGCUCUCCUUAACUGGAAUGGUUGAGUUUCAUACUUUUUGUGCAUUUUUGAACUAGUGCCUCCUUUAAAUAAGACUCUUAGUGAUUCAUGUCAUUGUGAUAGACGCCUUAUAAAUGCAUGCAAUAACAAAUAUUUAAUGAGUAAAAACUCCUGAACAGCUGCC